GGCGUAGCCGAAGCCAGCUGUUGUGUGCCGGUAAAUUUCACGAGCCCACAAUUAUUUGCGACUGCAUCGGUCGAUUGGUAGAACUUUCUUCUCCGUCACUCGACCUUCAGCAUCAAUAGAACGAUGGCAAGAACAAACAUCAGCGUCAGAUUUGUUUUCCUCGAGUUCUAAGCAAGCACGGAAGGAGAGCUUCAAAGCUCGGACAGCUACUUGUUCCUUGGUUCUUAAGAAAUCCAGUAGCCGAAGAAAGAUGAAGAGUAGAGGCAGUCGGGAGAGCCAUUGGUAGGAUCAUGUGGCCGAAGAAACUCAUCUUCAUCUUCUUGUUGCUUCUCUCAUCCUUAUCCAUCGUUAGGCUCUUUAAGCUUCUAUGGACUUCCUCGAUCCCUGCAAUUCCAGAACACCUUCCUCCUCAUGCACCCGAGAAACCCAGACACGACGUCGAUCGCCCUCGUGAGGACAUCCUGGGUCCCAAAGAGCACCAGCUUGUCUCAAACAUCAUCGCCCGAAGAAUCCCCUGCAACCUUCUCAUCUUCGGAUACAAACCCCAGUUUCUUGGUCUUGCUACCUUGAACAGCCAAGGCACCACCGUGUUCCUCGAAGAUGAUCCGGAAAAGCUCAGAUCUGGACGAUCCAAAGGCUUGAGAAUGUACCCGUUCGGCAACCACGAGAAAGCCAGGAGAGCGUAUGAGCUGCUCCAGCAUGCGAGAAGACGACCCGCGUGCAGACCCGGAGCAGGAACCCUGCGCGCACCUCGUUGCGAGCUGGCGCUGAGGGGGCUACCGGAGGUACUGUACGAGAGCGGAUGGGACGUGGUGGUCAUCGACGGGCCGAGCGGGGACGGACCGGAGGCGCCGGGGCGGAUGGGCGCGAUCUACACCGCCGCCGUGAUGGCGCGAGCUGGGCGGAGCACGGACGUGCUCGUUCACGACACGGAUCGCACCAUCGAGAAGUGGUACUCUUGGGAGUUCCUGUGUCAUGAGAACCUGGCUUCUUCCAAGGGGAAACUGUGGCAUUUCAGGAUCGAAGGCAACUCCAGUUCCGAUCGGUUCUGUGAGACUGCAGCAUCACCGACUCUGUAGGUGAGUCUUGAUGUCUUUCUUGAAGAAAAAGCUACGUACUGCCAUGGUUGGAGAGCUCUUGUUGCGGCAUUCACGGCCACGAACCAAUUGCACAUCCACGCCAUGGUUAUUUGGUUGUCCAUGCAGCUCAAAGACACAAAUGUGGCCCUCUGUGACACCAUUAACGGGGCCAACGUUUACUGCCGACACAGACGGGUAAUUAAGAUGACGAGAUAGAAAUAAGUUGAUGUUUGUUGAA